GUUAUUUUCUCCCCGCGGACCCGGAUGGUGAUGUAUUCAUUUGUAUAGAUGAAUUGGGAUGUAUUUUAUUAUGGUUCUUAAUCACCAUAACUGUACAAGCACGACAUUGAAGAUUUGAAGUCUUUACAGGUUCAUUUUAUUUCGCUUUUGGAGGAGGUUCAUUUUAUUUCGCUUUUGGAGGAGGUAAACGGGAACGAAGAGGAGAAAUUAAAAAAAAAAAAUUAUGGCCGGCAACGAAGAGCUUUUGGAGGAGGUAAACGGGAACGGGGAUUCAUUUGGAAUGGUGAAGCAGCGGUUCAAGGGUCGAUCUCAGAAAGUUGUUAAAACGAAGGAGAUGUUGUCUAAACAUGCCGUUAAGAUCGCUAAACAGGCAGAAGAACAUGAAAGAUUUAUAAAUAAGGUGACACAUCUUCUGGGCGUUCUUGGGUUCGGGGGUUUUUGUUUUCUAUUGGGAGCAAGGCCCCAAGAUAUUCCGUAUGUGUAUUGUUUGUUCUAUGUCACCUUUGUUCCCCUUCGGUGGAUAUAUUAUCGGUAUAAGAAAUGGCAUUAUUAUCUUCUGGAUUUUUGCUAUUAUGCCAAUACAAUCUUCUUGGUUGAUCUUCUUCUCUAUCCUAGAAAUGAAAAGCUUUUCAUGGUUUGCUUCUCAUUUGCUGAGGGGCCUUUAGCAUGGGCAUUGAUUGUUUGGCGAUGUAGCUUGGUUUUCAAUUCUGUUGACAAAAUUGUUAGUGUCCUAAUACAUCUUUUGCCUGGGUUAGUGUUUUUCACCAUUCGAUGGUGGAAUCCAGAAACCUUUGCUGCCAUGCGUCCGGAAGGAGCAUCACAAAGAGCAUCAUGGCCUUAUGUGGAAGAUAAAUCCUACCUUUUAACUUGGCUGUUUUGGGUUCCCUUAGCUGCUUACACUCUCUGGCAAAUUCUUUAUUUUCUCAUUGUUAAUGUCCUCCGCCGACAGAGGCUUUUACGAGAUCCUGAAGUCAUGACCUCAUACAGGGAACUGUCAAAAAAGGCACAGAAAGCAAACAACGUAUGGUGGCGUUUAAGUGGUUUGCUCGGGGAUCAGAAUCGCUUGUUCAUGUACAUUGCAUUUCAAGCUAUAUUUACAGUGGCAACGAUGGCACUCACUGUCCCCAUCUUCUUGUCAUAUAGAUUGCAUGUAAUUUUCCAAAUUCUCAAGGUUUCUGCAUCUGUCUGGAAUGGAGGAAGCUUUUUGCUAGAAGUGAUGCCUAGACAGGUGAUUUUGAAGGAGAAAAAGAAAACAGAGAUGAAACCAAUACAAUCUGAUCAGCUUGUUCAAUCCCCGACUGUGACUGUAAAUACCAUGAAAGCUGAUGACUCUACGGAGAUGGAGAAUACAAUGCAAACUGACAAUUUAACAGAAAAUUAGUUGCAAAAUAUGUUCUAAUUGAUUUUGAUACUUGCAGGUUUUCUUUUUUACUCUUUCUUUUUAGGGCUGAAUGGGAGACAAUAGAGGAGGUUUCAGGAGAUAGCUGCUGCUCCUGUUAGACAAGGAAACAAAGAAUUGUUUGGUUGAUUUGGGCCCUAUUCCCAGCUGAAUUUGUAUGUUCAUAAUCAUUUGUUGUAUAAAUUUUGUAGGAUUGUAUUCAUAAUCUGAUGUAUGUAUGAUGUUUUGGAUGAUUGUGCAUAUUAAAAUGAUUUUAUUUAUCAUGUAAA